AUGGAAAACCAGCUCUGGUAUGACAACCUGGGGUGCUGCCAUCAAUACCAAGAAAGUACCCAGAAUGUGGAGGACUGCCUACUCCUGCUGCUAGGCCUUGUCAUUCUUGUCAACAUUGGGAUCAACAUGGCAGCUAUGAUAUGGCAUGGGAUCCAGAAUGCCUUAGACAAGACCAUCUAUUGGAUUAAUCAGAAAAAUGAAAUCUCGCAGGCUUGUGAAAGUUUUCCCAAAUAUCCUCCAGCCAAGGCCCGAGACGUCCACAUCCACUGCACCCUGGACCCUGUGGAAGUGAAAAUGGCCCGGCCCACUUGCUACUCCUCGUCCUCCUACCAUCAUCUCCACAACCGUAGCCGCAGCUGCAGCCGCCGCCCCUGCAGCCGCCGCCCCUGCAGCCACCAGCGGAGACCGAAGAACCGCACACAAUUCCCCUACAGCCGCUCGGUCUUCCAUAGGCUGCAUCGCAGCCACAGGAUGUCACAGCUGCAGCUGAUGCCCUCCUUUGAUCGGGAGGACCCGGACUCCUACCUGGAGGAGGAGGAUGACCUUUCCUUCCCACAACCCAAGUACCCGCGGGGGUGCUGGGGAGGGCUCUACCAGCAGAUGGGCCUGCCCUCCAACAUGGGCCUCUGGGGCCGCCAGGGUGGGAUCCUGGCCAGCCUGCCACCACCCUGUCUCUACCUGUCGCCCGAGCCGCGCCGCAUGCCCAAGCGUGUGGAGGCCAAGUCCGAGCUAAGGCUGCAGUCCCUCGGGGCCCCCUGCUCACCAUCCCGCAUCUGGGGCAACGUGGAGGCUGACCAGUUCCCCUUGUCUCCACCACCUCCCCGACGGCUGCCCCCUAACCCCUCGUGGGUCCCUGGGGGGCACAGCACUUACCCCUCAAGGGGCCAGCUCCCGUAUGACUCCUGGAAUCAGCGGCGGCGUGGUCUGGAAGGCUCUGAGCCUCCAUCCGCUCUGGUGCCUCGGGGCUGCCGGCCCGAAGCCCGGCAGCGCAACUCCCCCCAGGCCCACAAACGGAGCCUCCCCAGCUGUGCUCACAGACAGCCCAACGGCAGCCCGCACCCCUCCACGGAACACUUGAACUAUUCCCGGGAUCCGCACGAGGUACGGCGCCGGGCGGCCGAAUGGGCCGAGAUGCUGCCCGUGCGGCGCCCUCUGACCACCUCCGCCUCCCUCACGGUGCUGGCCGAGGCCUCGGACCGGCGGGCCCCGGCUCCCAGCUCAGCCCUGCUCGUCCGCUCCUCCCAGCCCCUGCCCGACGUCCAGGCUACCGAGCACCUUCCGCCCCGGCCCACCUUCAUGCCACUCAGCCGGAACCCGGGGGGCAAUGCCAACUACCAGGUGUAUGACAGCCUGGAGCUGAAGCGGCAAGUGCGGGAGAGCCGAGCGCGGGCCAACUCGCUGCCGCCUUCCACCUCGGCCUCGAGGCCCCCUCUGCACGGGAGCCAGACUGGGAAAAUGAACUGA